GUCAGGCUACAAUGCAUGUACAACAUAAUAUUAUACGACAAGUCGAUAACAUGUAUGGAGUUGUUAUACGGUUCGUAUUUUGUCCGGUAGUUUUUUGAAUGUGCACAACACACCGUUGCUGCGCCGACCCCUGCUACUACAUAUUUUGCUACAGGACGUCUUGCUUAAAAGCUAAGAAAAAUAUCAGACUUAAAAGGAAGAAAAAGGUUGCAAUGCUGGCUUUUUGUAUAAUAAUAUUGCUGUCAUCUGGCAUUCUGGGUUGUGUUUGUGCGGAACAGGACACUGAUAAUGAGAGUAACCCUAAAUCAUCCUACCAGACAUGCGCGCGUUACCAUGUGGUAACCGACCCGGUCAACGAAACCAUGUGGACCUUGCAACCGUACGGUCUACGCAAACAUCAACUCCAGCUGCUCAAUCCUCAGGACAACCUAGACCUUCUCAUUCCUGGUCAAAUGUUAUGCGUUCAAGCUGUAGAAACAACGUCAAAAGCAGCCAACCGAGAAAAACCACCGGUACGUAGUCCCGAAGGUGCGGAUGAUCUCAUUUUAAAUUCUGACGAAUAUGGUGCUGACCUCUACCACUGGUCUCGCGUUGCAUCCAUCGAGACAACGGCUCGCAUGUCCACUCAGAGCCAGCAGUGUACCGGAACAUUCAUCACCGCAGACACCGUCAUCACCAGCGCAAACUGUGUAGCCGGAUUGCAACCUAAUAGUACCACAGUCAUCCAGCGGAAGUCUAAGCGACUGGGGCAGAUGGUGGACAAAAGGAACAUCGUCAGCAAAAUCGCUGUUCACCCGCUGUAUAAACCACAGGCGACCGGGAAUUCCCACAACGUUGCCAUAUUGACAUUAGAACAAAAGGCGCAAUUUAACCGCACUGGAAAGGAAAUCAGGUUGCCGACUGAUCCAGCCGCCGUACAGGCCGGUGCAGAAGAUUUAGUCGAUAGCUUUUAUGUCGUUAUGAUGAACCCAUGGUCUCAAAAAUACAUUAUGGAGAACGGAACCGAAGCAGAAAACAAAACGGAUACUGUGGUUCAAAAACACAAUAAAGUCAAUCCGGUGCAAGGACAUAAAUGUCGGGAAUUAUUUUGGGCAAAAGGAUUUGCAGACUUUUACCUGGCUGACGACAUGAUCUGCACCGUGAUGGAUCCGGACGAAUGGUACUACGAUGUAUGCCGCACCGGUAACGGCGCACCGCUUAUUCAGUUCGACCGGCAGCUAAACCAUUAUUACGUAAUCGGUAUCGGGGUGGCUACUGCAGGAGGAUGUGCAAUGGAAAAGUUUGGACAUGAUUACAUUUUCGUCGACCUCCGUCACAAAUCAAACUGGGACUGGCUCCAGAAAGCCAUGUCAAGUAGCUAAUUCCGUUAAUAUUGGUUACUAAAGUUUGCCAUUAUUUACGCUUGACAGUUAAAAAAGCCGUGUGCUUAUUUGUGCUGGUAAUGAAUCGACGAAUAUUAUCAGAGUGUACUCUAAAAAAAGCCUAAAGAUUUACUCAGUAAAUUAUAUGCAAGGAAAUCGCUCGCUCAAGGUACUUUGGCGUUCGAUUUCGCAGAAAGUAUUUUAAUGGUAACAGAAAAGUCUUCCAGAAAACUAAGCUCACAAUAAUCUUGUUUU